AUGUACUCAACGGUGAGCCAGCUAGUCGCAAAUAAUGCUUCAUCGAUUUUAGACCAUACAAUAUCGACUGCAAAUGCAACAUCCACCCCUACGUUUGGGUUUUAUUUUUAUGAGAGCUUUUGGAUCACACUUUUGAUCGCUGUAGCGUUUCCCACUGUGGCUUUCAUUAUCUCGGUUAACCAGUGCAAUACCUUUUUGAGGGAUGGGCUAAAAGGGACAUCUCCAUUUUAUAUUAUUUCAAGCCUUUUUGCAUCUUCUUCAGCCUUUUUCAUGUGGCAUCUUAACUUCUUGUAUGCCAAUUAUUAUACCAAAAUUGAAUCAAAGCCCAUAGGUGUUGAUUUUUUUGUGAAAUUUCCGUUUUUCUAUAUACUCUUGACAACUACGUUUACUUCUUCAAUUGAGUUUCUUGUUUAUAGAUAUCUAGAUCUUUCGAAUAAUCUUAAAAAAAAAUAUGCUACCACCAGUUCUGGUAUCCCGAAUGAAGAGAAUCCAGAGGAUCCAGAGAAUCAAGAGGAUCCAGAGAAUCAAGAGGAUCCAGAGAAUCAAGAGGAUUCAGGGAAUCAAGAGGAUUCAGGGAAUCAAGAGGAUUCAGAGUAUUCAGAGGAUCAAGAGGAUUCAGAGAAUCAAGAGAAUCAAGAGAAUCAAGAGAAUCAAGAGGAUCAAGAGAAUCAAGAGAAUCAAGAGAAUCAAGAGGAUCCAGAGGAUCCAGAGAAUCAAGAGGAUCCAGAGGAUCCAGAGGAUCCAGAGGAUCCAGAGAAUCACCAGAAUAGCUUGAUAAAAUCUACUCGUGAGGAUACAUUUAAACUUGAUGAUGAAAUUAAGGUUAUAUUUUCGAGUGAAAAUGAAUCCAAAAGAGCGGGCUUGAUGGGCCCCAAGCUCCUGUUUUGCUAUCGUAUCCUUAAGAAGAUUGGCAUGGUAGGUUCCAUACCGACUUGUAUUGGUCUUUGGGUUUCGUGUACUCUUGUCUUUUUCUUUAGCGACGAAGAAGCUAAAGGAAGUCUUUGUUUAGUACUCACUGUGAUCUCGUCUUUAUUCUCGAUGCUUCAAUAUCUUACUCAAGCACUCAAAAUCCUCUCUCAAAAAAAAGGUAAGCUUACGAUUACCUUUCCAGCCCUUCUUCUCCCAUGUGCAUCCAAUAUUUUUCUUCUAAUGCAACUGAUUACU